CCCUGGCCCGGACUGGGAGCCGGAAGCGAGCUGAGUGGGGCCGACCGGAGCUUCGCCGCGGAAGGGAAAGCCCCGGAACGGUCGCUCGCUGGGCCCCCUGCCGGGCCGAGCCCUCCGCGACGCCACCGGGGCCAUGGGGGCCGCACGCAGCCCGCCGCCCGCCGUCCCGGGGCCCCCCCUGGGGCUGCUCCUGCUGUUCCUGGGCGUGCCGGCCCCGGGUGGCGCCUCCCUGCGACUCCUGGACCACCCGGCGCUGGUCUGCUCGCAGCCGGGGCUAAACUGCACGGUCAAGAAUAGUACCUGCCUGGAUGACAGCUGGAUCCACCCUCAAAACCUGACCCCGUCCUCCCCGAAAGACCUGCAGAUCGAGCUCCGCUUUGCCCGCACCCAGCGAGGAGACCUGUUCCCCGUGGCUCACAUUGAAUGGACACUGCAGACAGAUGCCAGCAUCCUGUACCUCGAGGGCGCAGAGUUAUCUGUCCUGCAGCUCAACACCAAUGAACGGUUGUGCGUGAGGUUCGACUUUCUGUCCAAACUGAGGCAUCACCACAAGCGGUGGCGUUUUACCUGCAGCCACUUCGUGGUGGACCCUAACCAGGAGUAUGAGGUGACCGUUCACCACCUGCCCAAGCCCAUCCCUGACGGGGACCCAAACCACCAGUCCAAGAAUUUCCUCGUGCCUGGUUGCGAGGACACCAGGAUGAAAGGAACCACGCCGUGCGUGAGCGCAGGCAGCCUGUGGGACCCCGAGAUCACCGUGGAGACCCUGGAGGCCCACCAGCUGCGCGUGAGCUUCACCCUGUGGAACGAAUCUACCCAUUACCAGGUCCUGCUGACCAGCUUUCCACAUACGGAGAACCACAGCUGCUUUGAGCACCUGUACCACAUGCCUGCGCCCAGACCAGAGGACUUCCACCAGCGAACCAACAUCACACUCACUGUACGCAGCCUUAGAGGGUGCUGUCGCCACCGAGUGCAGAUCCAGCCCUUCUUCAGCAGCUGCCUCAAUGACUGCUUCAGACACUCUGUGACUGUUUCCUGCCCAGAAAUGCCAGACACUCCAGAACCAAUUGCGGGUAAGCUCCGAACACUGCUGCAGCCCUCAGGGGCCAUUCCCCAGGAGCCACGUGAGAACUCCAUGCCCCUGUGGGUGUACUGGUUCAUCACAGGCGUGUCCAUCCUGCUGGUGGGCUCCGUCAUCCUGCUCACCGUCUGCAUGACCUGGAGGCUACCCGGGCCUGCAAGCGAAAAACACAGUAAUGACACCAAACACGCCGAUGGCCUGCCUGCCACUGACCUGACGCCCCCACCGCUGAAGCCCAGGAAGGUCUGGAUCAUCUACUCAGCCGACCACCCCCUCUACGUGGACGUGGUCCUGAAAUUCGCCCAGUUCCUGCUCACGGCCUGCGGCACAGAAGUGGCCCUGGACCUGCUGGAGGAGCAGGCCAUCUCGGAGGUGGGAGUCAUGACCUGGGUGGGCCGCCAGAAGCACGAGAUGGUGGAGAGCAACUCCAAGAUUAUCAUCCUGUGCUCCCGCGGCACGCGCGCCAAGUGGCAGGCGCUCCUGGGCCAGGGGGCGCCUGUGCAGCUGCGCUGCGACCACGGGAAGCCCGCGGGGGACCUGUUCACGGCAGCCAUGAACAUGAUCCUCCCGGACUUCAAGAGGCCAGCCUGCUUCGGCACCUACGUGGUCUGCUACUUCCGCGAGGUCAGCGGCGAGGGCGACGUCCCCGACCUGUUCGGUGCGGCGCCGCGGUACGCGCUCAUGGACAGGUUCGAGGAGGUGUACUUCCGCAUCCAGGACCUGGAGAUGUUCCAGCCCGGCCGCAUGCACCGCGUCGGGGAGCUGUCGGGGGACAACUACCUGCACAGCCCGGGCGGCAGGCAGCUCCGCGCCGCCCUGGACAGGUUCCGGGACUGGCAGGCCCGCUGCCCCGACUGGUUCGAGCGCGAGAGCCUCUGCCCGGCGGAUGACCAGGACGCCCAAUCCCUGGACGAAGACGUGUUCCAGGAGCCGCUGCUGCCUUCGGGAACCGGCAUCGUGAAGAGGGCGCCCCUGGUCCGUGAACCUGGGUCCCAGGCCUGCCUGGCGGUAGACCUCCUGGUCGGGGAAGGAGGAGGAGCAGCAGUGGCGAAGCUGGAGCCUCAUCUGCAGCCCCGGGGGCAGCCAGCGGCGCAGCCCCUCCACACCCUGGUGCUCCCCGCGGAGGAAGGCACCCCGGCCGCCGCGGUGGAGCCCAGGCCCCUGGCUGAUGGUGCUGCUGGCCGGCUGGCGCUGGCCGGGGAGGACGAGGCGUGCCCGCUGCUGGGUGGCCUGGGUGCUGGGCGAAAUAGCGUCCUCUUCCUCCCUGUGGACCCCGAGGACUCAGCCCUUGGCAGCACCCCCAUGGCGUCUCCUGACCUCCUUCCAGCGGACGUGAGGGAGCAGCUGGAAGGCUUGAUGCUCUCGCUCUUCCAGCAGAGUCUGAGCUGCCAGGCCCAGCGGGACCGCGGGAGACCCGCCGUGGCCCUCAAAGACCCGCACACACCCUGCGAGGAGGAGCAGCGGCAGUCGGUACAGUCGGACCAGGGCUACAUCUCCAGGAGCUCCCCGCAGCCCCCCGAUGGACUCGCAGAAGCGGAGGAGGAGGAAGAGCAGGACCCAGGGAAGCCCGCCUCCCCGCUCUCUCCCGAGGACCUGGAGAGCCUGAGGAGCCUCCAACAGCAGCUGCUCUUCCGCCAGCUGCAGGAGAACUCGGUCUGGGACACGGCGGGGUCGGAGUCAGAGAGGCCGCGGGCCUGAGGGCGGCUCCCAGGGACCGCGCAGAUCCCAGCCUUGAAGGAGUGUGUGUGCACACGUGUUCAUCUGUGCGUACGUGUCUGCAUGUGUGUGUCCGUGUGUGAAGUGUAGCUUUAAAAUGUAGGCGUCUGGAUUUUCAUCCUAGGCAUCCCCCC